UUUCAAGUUCUUGUAACUUAAGUGAAAAAUGAACUUCUUUGAUGGACAUAAUUAUAGAAUCAAUAAAAUUCUACUAUCGACAGUCGGCCAGUGGCCGUACCAAUCGUCUAGAACGAGUCACGUUAUAGUUAUCGUCAUAGCUACUAUAGCUUGUUCGCAAUUUCUUACUAAGCUGUGUGGUAUGUUCUCUUAUAUUCAUGACAUGGACGUUGUGAUCGAAUGUCUUAUACCGAUAAUGAUCGAUAUAUCAGGUAUAACGAAAAUAACAAACUCCAUACUGUAUGCGGAUGAGAUAAGAGCAAUGCUCGAUCGGAUACAAGCAGAUUUUUGUUCGCUAAAUAAUUUUGACGACAUAGUAAUUCUUCAAAAAUAUGCAAACAAUGGUAAAAGAUUCUCGACUAUUUAUAUCUGCGUAAUGUACUCGGUAACAAUACUAUUCAUGCUGACGCCGUUCCAACCGUUAAUCCUUCAUGUUGUAAACGCUACGAGUCGCCCGAUGUUGCACAGGGUCGAAUAUUACGUUGAUAUGGAUACAUAUUACUUUCCAAUUUUAAUUCAUGGAUAUUUUACCGUGAUUAUUUGCAUGACUUCCAUUGUCGCAGUGGACGCCAUAUUUAUAAUAUUGGUGCAACAUGUUUGCGGACUCUUCAUGAUUAUUAGUACGCGAAUAGAACGUGUGAUACAGGAGAAACAUUUAGUCGGAGAUGCCGAUCCUCCUGUUGUAAGAGAUAAGACAUAUCAAAAUAUGGUACGAUGCAUUUACGACCACAAAGCGGCUAUAAGGUUCGCCGAUCUCAUGGAAAUUGCAUACUCGAAACACUUUCUAUUCAACGCCGGGUUAAAUAUGAUGGCUAUGAGCGUCACGGGUGUUGGGGCCCUGGCAAAAAUAGACGACCCGUCUGAGUUUUUCAAACUAAUAGCGAUCUCGUGGGCAUUACUGUUUCACUUAUGUUUCGAGUGUUCGAACGCUCAAAGACUGAUGGAUUACAGCGAAUAUCUUCAUAUGAAACUAAUAAGUUUAAACUGGUAUGACGCUUCGCCUAGAACGAAGAAGCUCAUUAUUCUCAUGAUGAUGAAAGUUCAACAACCUUGCGUGUUGACUGCUGGCGGUAUAUUCGUUUUAUGCAUGGAAACAUUUGCCACGGGCAAUAAGAGGAGAUUAUAAAACAUGCAUAUUACCCAGUAUAUUCCAUCUAAACCUGCAAAAUAUAUCAUAAAAAUAUGGUAGAUUUGUGAUGACAAAAAUGCUUAUCCACUAAAUGGAAUAAUUUACAUCGAGAAGGCUGGAAAUGUUUGAAAGAAGAGCCAAGAAGAAAGAAUUGUGAAGGAACUUGCGGAGCCAUAAGGAGCCAAAGGAAGUAAAAGAAAUAUAUGCAUCGACAACUUUCUCACAUCGCUACCUUGCCAAACAUUUAUUGUCAUGAAAUUUGAUCAUCGUUGGCACUUCGAAAAAAAAUAAAGCCUAUAUUUCAAAGACAAUGUUUCUAUCAAAAACAAGGGAAGAAUAUUUGAUACUGUUUGGUUUUCACGAAAAAGUAAUUAUAUUCGUAUGAGCUGAAGAAAAAUAAAGCCAUAAUUGUAUUAUCGACAAUGCAUUCGGAUAUGGCAGUGACAAACGAUGUUAAGAAAAAGCCAGAGAUUAUAUUAUAUUAUAAUAAGUACAAGACUAGUGUCGAUGCAAUGAAUCAAAUAUAAAGGCGAUACACAACACAUCGCUAUACGAACAGGUGGUUACUCGCUUUAUUUUUUAAUAUUUUGGUUCAAAUUUUGUCGCGCUUGCCGUGUACAUUAUUUAUUAUAUUAUAAAAAUAAUAAGAUGUUAAAAAAGACCUACAAAUGUCGCUUAUUUUUGCAACAACUGAGCGAAGAAUUUGCCAUACCGAGUUAUUGAAGAUCAUUCUCAAAACGUGCAACGUCAUAAGAAAUUACUCGACGAAGCUUGCGAUUGAGAGCGUUCUCGAUAAACAGGUGAAUCUUGCUAUGCUUCCUGGUUCUACAUCUGUAAGAGAUAACACAUGAAGAAAUAUGAUCAAAGUAUCAUGUCAUUUGUGUUACUGGGGGAUCACUAAAAAACGCAAGAAAACAAGAAAAUCCUGUGUAGAAUGCGGAAAACCUGUUUGCGAUGAGCAUGCUGAUGAGUCACCAUUACCAAAUGUAAAGAAUGUGAUAAAUAAAU